AUGAGUGCUCAAUAUUCUCAGGAAGAGUUAAAAAUCGCGAUUGCCAAAAUACUUUUAUCAAGUGGGUGGAGCUCGGUGCAAAUGGCGGCUUUGGAAGUGACGACAGACGUGGUAUCUAGAUUUUUGAGGGAGCUAGGGAGAAAAACAAAUGGCUACGCUAAUAUUGUGGGUCAAAGUGAACCAAAUCUGGAUCAUUUGGGGGUGGCUUUUAGAGAUUUUAACGUUACUGUUAGGCAGUUGGAGGAUUUUGUUUGUAAUGGUAAAUGUCCCACGCCUAGACAUGUGCCAAGGUAUCCAGUAAAAAAGGAUUAA